CGAUGACUUAGUUUAAACUUUCAAGUUAUACAGAUCUGACAACUAUUAGAAGUGGUUUCAAAGUGUAGUUUUUCAUUUCAAAGGCAGUAUUGCCUGAUAUAUUCAACUGAUAUGUACAUUAGCUCGUCUAACUCGCAAAUUUUAAAGCCAAAUGGAAUCACAUGCUGAAGAUAAGUUCGUUGCCGAUAACGUAGAGACAGGCGCCAAAUUCAAGAUAUUCCUACCGAAGGCAACGUCCGUUUCUCAAGAAAACUCCUGCCACGUCAUCUGUCGACGAUUCUUCAUCUGCAUUCUCAUCGUUGCUGUAGUCUUCCUGUCCCUAAUCAUCUACGCCAUCUACUACUAUGUAUCCAAACUACCGAACGUCUGCCACAGCAAGGAAUGUCUCCGCUCGGCAGCCGCCUUCAAACAGAACAUGGACCUCAACGUAGAUCCUUGUGAGGACUUCUACUCGUACGUCUGCGGAAACUGGGCGGACGAUCAUCCACGUCCGGAGCGACACGGCACCCACAGCUGGUACAACGAGCGGCAAACCAAGGUCUACCGUAUCAUCCGAGGUCACCUGGAUACCAACGUCACCCAGGCGGACCCGAAGCCGGUCGCCCAGGCCAAGUUCAUGUACAGAGCGUGCCUCGGGAAAGCCUACCGCAAACACUACGGUUACACGGCCGUUCGACGAUUCCUGAAAGAACUUGACCUCCCAGUGAUUCCAACUCUUCUGAACAACUCGGAGAUCACGAAUCAGGAGUACGAGUUCGACUGGAUCAGCUCGGUGGCGAAGAUACAGCGGAAGUUGGGACUCAACGUCCUUUUGGGGUUCACCUUUGAACCAGAUCAUCGAGACCAGAAUCGGAAUCGGUUAACCCUAGAGUACGACUACAGUCCGGAGGAGUUUGAGUUUCCAACCUACGAAUGGGAUAAAGGACGGCGGAAGGCGAACCAAAAUCGGAGACCACCAUCUACACUGAAUUCUGGAAAGACUGAGGGAACGGGAGAGCACGAAAGCGAAGACGACAAGGAGUUGAGGGUGUUAGCUAGAGCUUUUGCUAGACUUGUCGGUUUGAUCAACACGGACAUAAAAACUGACGAAAUAAGAGAUAAAAUGUCAUUUCUUGCUGAAGAGUUUAAGAAAUUCCAAAAUUCUCUUCCCAAGAAACAAAAUUUGGAAGAUGACAGCGAUGACAUCGUGUACUACACUGUUGAACAGCUUCAAAAUGCGACGGAUGCGCACAUCAAACCCAAGAAACCCUAUCCUAUAUGGCAACGCUACGUGGACGUUCUUUUCGCCGACCAUCCCGAUGUUCAACCAUCCAAUGAUGAGCAACUUCAACUCACCUCCGAAAAUGUCAAAACCUUCGGGAAGCUCAUCGACGUAAUCUCCAAUCAACCACUACCUUUGAUCGAACUCUAUAUCUGGAAAACGGUGGCUUCAUUCCUGGUGGACCACAAGUUCAACAAAGCCGUAUCGGAAGAGGAUUGCGCCCAGGUCGUCCACAAACUGAUGGGAUUGGCCGUUAGCUACACCAUCGCGGACAGGGACUUCCUUGAGCGAACUAAACCCCGUGUAGAGCAGAUGGUGACCAACAUACGGACGGAGUUCGACCAAAUGAUCCUGGAAACGGACUGGAUGGAUGCCUACACCAAGUACGCUUCGCUGGAAAAGUCUAAAGUCAUGAAGUCGUUGAUCGGAUUCCCCGAGUGGGUUCUGGACGUCGGAAAACUGGAAAAGCAUUAUCGAGGGUUUCAGAUCAGUCCAACUCAUCAUUUGCAGAACUGGAUCAAUGCCCUGGAGGCUCUGAAUGCGGAAUGGCUCCGUACGUGGCGUGUAGAUAACAGUCGGAUGUGGGAUGCGGACCCUACGGAAGUCAAUGCAUACAAUUUCAUAAAUCGUAAUGUUAUCGUUAUUCCCAUAGCCAUAAUUCAGUACCCGUUCUACCACCUUGGAUUGGAGGCUCUUAACUACGGUGCUCUCGGAGAGACCCUAGGACAUGAGAUUACCCACGGUUUCGAUAACGAAGGCCGCGACUACGACAAAGACGGAAACGAGGAGCGCUGGUGGUCGAACGAUACGAUUCACGAGUAUGAUAAACGUGCCAAAUGUCUGGAAGAGCUAUACAGUUCGUUCUUCGUUCCAGAGGCAAAUGCUUUCUUGAAUGGAACGCUUACCCUGGGAGAGAACAUCGCCGAUCACGGCGGACUUCGGGAAGCGUUGCGGGCUUAUCGAGCGUACGUUAAGCGAAACGGUCCUGAACCCGUCCUGCCAGGGUUCAAUGACUUCACCCACGAACAGCUGUUCUUCAUUUCGUAUGGUAAUCAAUACUGUGAAACGAUAAGGCCAUCGCAGGUCAAAUUCCAGCUAGAAGACGAACAUAGCCCAUCGAAGUAUCGCGUCAUAGGAGCGCUGAGUAGCAUGGCGGAGUUUGGUGAGGCUUUCAAGUGCCCGCUCAACAGCAAGAUGAACCCGGAACAGAAGUGUCGAGUUUGGUGAAGCUACCGGGAAAAAUGUUGUUUCAAAAUCAUACAAAUACAAUUUUAAUCUGUAA